UUGUCAGCCUUGUCAAAAUUCAAUUUGGGUGUGGAGGACAUCAACAACAACAUUUAGCUAACAUUGGGGGUGCAUUAGGGCUUUCUAAUGACCAUGAGUAGCUCCGAGUUUGAGAAAAACAACUACCCAAAGGCCUCAAAGUACUUGUACUAUGGGGCCCUUCUUACCUACAUAGCAGGAAUGUUCCUCAUGAUAGCGUUCUGCAGCCCCUACUGGGUCAAGUCCUACGAAGAAACAUUCUCCAGCUUCAAGAACAUGGGGCUAUGGGAGUACUGCUUCAGCAACUUCAGGUACCCCUCCUAUCAGUUCGACCAUCCAUUCGACGGCUGUCACCAUGUCUUCAGCAAGGAGUACUUUGUGAUCAGGGAGUGGCUGUUGCCCUCUUGGCUAAUGGCUGUGCAGGCCUUUGUGACAAUGUCGUUUCUCUUGAGUUUCGGCACUCAAAUCGUCAUGGCCAUGCAGCUGUGUCGAUGGCCUUUGGAGUUCGUACUCCGGUAUGAGUGGAUUCUGUCUGCCGUCGAUUUUGUUUGUGUAACAGUCACUACUCUAUUCAUGUUUCUGGCGAUUGCUGUCUUUGGAGGAUCGCACGCGCGACGAGACUGGCUGAUGUACCCCAAUUUCAACUACCUGUGCUGGUCCUAUGGAUUUGCCUGCCUUUCGUUUUUCUUCCAUGGUUUCGCCGCGUUGUGCCUCUAUAAAGAGGCCCGAUUGAGCUACGAUAGAAGGCGCGAAUCAAAGAAUCUCAUCAUGCAGAUGCAACCGAAUCCGCAGCAUCGCCUUGGUUGGAAUGUAUCAAAUUAUUAAUCGCCGUCAAGGUGUAAGUUGUGACACCGCCCGAUAUUGUGGGGUAGAGUGUAUUUAUUUUUUUAAGUUGGUUUCAAGGAGCUCUAAUCAAACUAGUCUAUUGUUCGGGGGCAAAAUGCAGUUUUUCAUGCGUUGGACGUUGGCGAAGUAAUGAAAGCCAAUUUUUCAGAUUCACUCGCACAUUGGACCAAGCAGGCCCAAAUGUAUUUAUUGCUUUUGCACAUUGUUUCAGUUGGGAUGCAUAUAGAGUAAGAAAAGUUUCCCUGUAUAUUUUUGGAAACGUUUUUAACGAAUACGUGGCCUUGAAUCUCACUUGAGUACAAAAUACUUUUUGUAGCGUGUCUCAAAUUGUGAUCGAAUUCGAAUAGUUUAUAGUUGAUAUUACAAAUUCCCUCCAUUUUUUUUAUGCAAUUUGAAUAGUUUUAGUUUUAAAAUGCCUUAAAGGUUGGAAUAUUUUAGUUUAUGGGACUGUUAAUGUUAAUUCUUGAGAAUGUCAUAGCACUUUUUUAAAGAAAUAUAGAUAUUCUGCUUAAA